AUGUUGCUGCUAACUGCUGCUGAUGCUAGAGUGUUCGACGUCAGCUCGGGCCUUAUUCUUGAUACUGUAAGCGGCCAGUCAAUUCGGGCGGGCGUCAUUUCGAGCACGGGCUCGGGUCUUGUCGCCUAUUUGGGGAACUGGCAGCGCUCGUCACAGCAAGCAAAGGACAACCUGAAGCUGCCCCGUCGGAACCUGCUACAAGUUUCAGGUAAUAGUGGUGACCUGGCCCUAAAGGUCGGCUUUGGAGUUGCCUCCUCCUUGUUUGCGGGUUUGGUUGCGGCAGCCACCUGGGCAAGCUUUGCCUACCGCUACCGAUCCCGAAAGCAGGUGAUUAUCCGAGCCGCAAUUAUGGCUUGCACCGACCGGGAUGAAGACCCCACUCUACCAAACCCGCAGCAUUACCUGGUAGAGGACCGUCGACGUGAUUUGAGAAACCUGUUGAAACAAGUCAUGGGAGAAUGGGACUCACGAUUAGGGUGUUCCCCUAGAUUGUCGUUUCCUGUGGGAGCGGAGCUGGGGAUCUGGAGGCGGGAGUUCUAUGGAAGGGAGAGCGUGAUACUUGUGGAGGCCCUUCAACACGUGGACGCGGGUUUUUGCUCAACCGAUGGGUAUGACGGACUCUUGGAUAGAUGGAGGAAAGAGCCGACGAUUCCUGCUCGCAGCUUCAUCGCAUCAAGGGUUUGCAACUACGUAGAACGAAGAGAUAAAACGUAAACGGGGACCGUUCUGCGACCGUUUUUCGUAAAACUCUGGUUUCAUAGGGCAACCGGUGACACCAAAAUGGUCGGGCAAGGGUUCCUUAGAGUCCCCGUUGAGAGCGUCUAGCUAAUUUUCUGAUUUGGUACCAGUUGCCUAUAUUUAGCUUUGAAGGGGGAGCCAACUUAACUAUGUGCAGAAGUGUUGAUGUCGCAAAUCAGGUGAUAUCAACAUAGGAUACUCUAUCGACUUGGGCCUGCAAAACGACAAGCAAUCGAAUGGUGCGAGACCGAGGGUCCACGCAAGUGCAGGUCGGUCUUCACUGGCGCCUCUAUACACUCUCGCCAAGCUAGUUUGAACAUGCUCCACUGAGUUCCAAUAUCGAACCUUUACAAACGUCUCUGUAG